AUGCGCCAGACGGGGCGCACGGCCACGGCGGCAAGGGAAGUAGCGGCCGUCACUUCUGCCUCGGCCAAGCGGCCCAGGUCUCCAUCUCCACCCCCUAGCCCGGACUCCAUUCUAGAGGCCGACUUCGACAUCUCCUCUUUUCGCUCGAACAGGGCGAAGGAACCAGAAGCAGAAGACGAAGACACGGAAACGUUGGCGCAGAGGAUGGCGAAGAGGGCCAAGACCUCGACGAGCGACGAGCUCCCGACAAGCACUUCAAGCGUGCCGGAGAUGAUCACGAUCGGCCUGGACCCCAGCCCACGUCGCAGCCCCCGACUCAGCCCCCAGCAUGAGCCCAUUACUCACUUUCCGCUGGCGAGCGUCGGGAUGUGUACCUUCACCGCUAACCUUGCUGGGUUUGCAGGAGAGGAGGGGCAACAGGAGGAGCCGUUAAGGGCCACCUUCAACAGGCCUCCUCUGUCAACCACACCACCCAGGGAGGGGUCCUCAGCAAGGAUCUCUACCAUCGAGCCCACACCGCCAAGGGAGAUAUCCCCGGCAAGGGCUUCCACCGAUGAGCCCACGCGCGCAGAGGAAGAGCCGGCGAGCAAAGGCGCCGGCAGCUCCAUCCAGGCAACGAGUGGUGUCGGGGAGGGAACCACCCCUCCACCACUCGUCACAGAUCCCUCCUUGGUGGAUCAGAUGGAUGUCGACGCCACCAUCGAGGAGACCGCCAAGGAUGCUGCCGCCGAGGCGGCCAAGGUCGCUGCCGAUGAGGCCGCCAAGGACGCGCAUGAAGUGGUUGCCAAGGGGUAUGCCGGGGAGGCCACCAAGGAGGCUGCUAACCCCCCCACCCCAAGCAGAUAUUUGAAGAUUGGCGAUGACCUGUUCGUCGGUAUCCCGGGGAUGGCAAGUACCCGAGCGCCAGCUGAGCAGGCGGUUUUUGAUGAAGAGGUCAUUGCUGCCGCAUGGCUCACAGUUGUCGAUGAGCCGAGCGCCAGCGACAGCAGUUCCAAGGAGUACCAGCUCCUCCAAGCCAUGAGUAGUAACUUCCAGAAGCUUUAG